CUUAUUUCUUUAUUUUCCGUUUACGGUGACGUCACAGGAAAACAACGUGUCACUCAACUGAAAGUGAAACUAAACAGAAACAAACUUUAGCAGUUAGCAGCUAGCUAGCCGUGGACUGGGAGGGGGACAGGGAUCAGAUUCAGGCUUGUGCAGUGUGACCAUCGCACAAAGAAAAAUGACGGAUAUAGCAGUGUGCGGAUUGAUAAUUCUUCUCUUCGAUGUGUUUCUGAGUUUGGCGUUCUGGAUUGGACUGGUGCAGCUGAAGUGCCCCAGCUGUGGAGGACUAGCAGCUGUUUGGGCCUUUGGGACUGUAAAGUGGAUUGCUCUUUAUGUUUUCACCUCUAUUCUGACUGAUGGGAAGUCACCGGUCGUGCUGCGCCGUAUUGUGGCGCUCCUCUGCUUUCUCUCUCCUGUGUUCGAAAGCGGGCGUGUCCUCAUGGCUCCUCCCUCUGUGCCGUUCAUCGGACUGUGUCCUGAUCUUGGCGUGCUGUUCCUGGGCACCGUGUGCUCGUUACUGGCCUGUGUGGUUUGGGAGAAAGGCCUCUGGGAUGAUGGGAAGAGCAAGAAGACUGAACUGAACUCUAGACAGCUGCUUCUGAGGGUGCUUCAAUACUUUAAACCAGAUUAUCUUUAUCUGAUUGCAGCUUUCACCUCCCUCAUCUUAGCCGUCUACUGUGACACAUACAUCCCUCUGUACCAGGGGAAGGUCAUCGACAUGCUCAGAGAAUCAACACUGCAGAGCAGCUUCUAUUACACCAUCGGACAGCUGGUACUUUUCUCCCUUGGAAGCGCUCUGUUCUCUGGUUCAAGAGGAGGCAUGUUUAAAUGCGCUCUGGCCAGGCUGAAUAAACGACUGCAGCAUCUUCUGUUUAACACUCUCCUGAAGCAGGAAGUGCACUUCUUUGUCGCUAAUAAGCCAGGCCGUCUCUCCUCCCGCCUACACUCUGACGUGGACCGGAUGGGUCGCACUGUGGCACUGAACGCCAACGCCCUGGUCCGCAGCUCCGUCAAAUUUUGCCUCAUGCUCUACGUGAUGAUGGAGCUGUCCUGGGAGCUCGCUGUGCUCACCUGCAUCGAGAUGCCCCUGCUGGCCGUCUUGCAGAAAAAAUACUCAGAUUAUUCCCGGGAGCUGAAGGAACAGAUCCAGGAAUGUCACGCUCAGAACAGGGACCUGGCAUCCCAGAUAAUCAGUAAGAUUCACACGGUCCGAAGCUUCAGGGCAGAAAAAGAAGAACUGAGAAGAUACAACACAGCUGUAGGGCAACUGUCUGCUGUGAAUACUCGGUCAAGGAACUAUGGAUCACUCUACAGCCUCAUACGGAGGAUGCUGAGUCUGGGGAUUAAAGUUUUGAUGUUGGUCGAGGCUCGGACUCUUAUCUCAUCAGGUCGACUUAGCAUUGGUGGUCUUGUGACCUUUCUGUUGUAUCAGAAGCCGAUGUUGUACAAUUUAAGGGAGAUUAUGUACUCUCUUGGAGAAACGGCGUCUACAGUCGGAGUCAUCGACAAAGUCUUCAGCUACCUGGACAGACAACCAAAAUGUAAGAAGGCCGGAGAGUUAGCUCCAGAGAAUCUGGAGGGAGGAAUCGUUUUCAAAGAUGUCACCUUCACGUAUCCAUCAGAUUCUCAGGGUGAACCCUCUCUGAAGUCGGUUUCGCUGAAGCUGCAGCCUGGAAAGAUGACCGCUUUAGUCGGUCCGUCUGGAAGUGGAAAGACGUCCUGUGUGAGUCUCCUGAAGCGGCUGUACGAGCCUCAGGAGGGAGAGAUCCUUCUGGACGGAAAACCGCUGCACCAUUAUGAACACAAGUACUUCCAUCAGAAGGUGGCCUUGGUUUCCCAGAAUCCCGAGCUGUUUUCUGGCUCUCUGAGGUACAACAUUGAAUACGGCCUGAAGGACUGCAGCAUAGAGAAGGUGAAAGAAGCUGCAGAGAAGGCAAAUGCAGACACAUUUAUCAGUGAACUGGAGGACGGAUACGACACAGAGACCUGCUAUGAUACCACAACCAGCAAUAGAACACCUUUAAAUCCGGUAUUUGGUGAUUUUUUGGUUGUGAUUUCCAACAAUUGCAGGCAAACUCAUGCACAUAAAACACUGGUGAUGUAUGCAUUUGCCAGAAUUAUACUUCAGUGUUGAAUGCUGUAGCUUGUGCUUUUGUCUUUGUAGUGCUGAUUCCUUCACAGAGGCCUAUGCAAGUAGCAGACAAGAACCUCCUUAAAACUGUAACUAUGCACCAAAUCUUUGCUGACAGCAAGUCCUGUGGUUGGUCCACUAGGUGCCUCUGGGUGACCGCCAGUCUCUGAGUAAUGUCUGCAGGCAUAUUUUCUCUACUUUAGUUUGAGUUCAACGGCUGGACACAGCAAUGCAACUGGUCAAAUGAACUUUCAAGUAUCAGGAAAUACCAAAUGUGAACAUCCUCAUCUACUUCUCUCUCAGAGGCUGAAAAAGUGAUAGAACUUCCCUUUUCGCUGUUCGAUGCAUGUCCUCCCCCACUCUUGCUCUGCAUAUUUUCUGACAGUCUUCACCUAUCUGAUCAUAACAAAGACUAAAAACGGCUGACAAUAAUCUUAAAAGAUCUGGUUUGUAUCAAGGACACUGCACUUUUUUUAUUCUUAUCAUUUAGAGCAGACAUUUGCGGUCAAUGCUGGUAAUUCCUCAAUUUCCUCCUCUACCAUCACUUGUGGUGUACCAAAAGGUUUGGUUUUAAGCACCAUUUUAUUCUCUAUUAACAUGCUGAGUCUUGGCCAGAUAAUUCAGAAUCAAAAUAAGAAGACAGUCUGGCUGCAUCUCUGACAGCCCCUCUCACAGACCAUUAGUCUGAGAUGAUUCAAUUCAAUUUACAUUCAUCAAAUAAGCACAAUUCAAACAUUUCAGACCAAGCAACAUUUCAUAAAUAAGAGAAGAGGGGAAGCUCAGCUGUCUAAUAAGCCAAUGUAGCUAAGUUAGCUUUAGCAAUGUGAGCUUUAGGAAAUGAAGCUAAAGCUAACAUAGCUAUGCUAGCUAGAUAAUAAACAUUACUACAUUAGCCAAUAAAGCUAAGUAAGCUUAAGCAAUGUGACCUUUAGCAAAUGUACCUAAAGCAAACAGCUUCUCUAGCAACAUAAUACACGCUACCUCAUUAGCUAGUGUACCUAAGUUACUUUUAGCAAUGUGAGCUUUAGCAAAAGUAGCUAAAGCUUCCAUAGAGAACGUAGCUUACAUAGCUGCUUUGUGUGCUUAGUUUUACCUACAUUAGCUAUGCUAGCUCUUUUAGCUACAUAACUAAGUGUUAACUAAGCAGUUUAUGCUGCUAACUGAGCUACUUAAGCUAUACAUGCAGUGUUAAAAUGUUUUCAUGGAGGAUGAGCUUUUUUCCUCUGCACAGACUGUUUAUCUGGCUUUUUAACCUUCUGUAAUCAGGUUUUGCAGAGCAGGUUUUUAACUUUAAAUUAAAACCUUAAGUCUCGGGGCGCAGGUGGCCGAGUGGUUGAGGCGCACCCUAUGUGCGCGGGCGGCCUGGGUUCGUGUCUGGCCUGGGGCCCUUUGCCGCAUAUCCCCCCCCCCCCUUGUCCCCUGUCCUCCUCUAUCUAAUAAAGGCACAAAAAUGCCCAAAAAAUUGACCUUAAAAAAAAAACAUUAACUCUUACCCUAACUCUAAACAGAGGUUUAAUAUGAUUUUAUUUUGAAACUUUUAGUGUGUAUUUCCAUUCUGAAUUGAUGGUGUCUCAGAUGAACAGUGUGAGAGAGUAGCCAUCAGAGAUGUACAUUCUGUGGCAAGAUCCCUCUCAAAUAAAAAUUUUAUCAGAAAGCAUUCUAAAGUAGAGUAAAUUUAUUCCAAGUUAAACUGGAUAUUUUGUGACAGUAUUAUUCUGUGGUGUUGUAAAACAUUUCUGAUAAUUUGUAGUUUAAAUAUUCAGUAUGAUAUAGAAGCCAUAUGCUUUCUUUCUUCAUUUUCACUUAAAAAUGAAUGGAUAUAAACAAAUGAUAUACCUGCUUUUCUUUAAUCAUAAACCUGGUCAUAUAAUUGGGAAUAACUCAAGCUCGAAUGAACACUGUAGCAAAAAUUGUGCUGUUACAGACACUAAAAAUACUCAAGAACUUAGUUAAACUAGGGCAAACUGCUGCAUUGUGCAACUAUAAUAGACACAGGAAUGGAAAGCAGGUAAAUAUUAACUUUACCAGCCGAAGGGUGUGGCAGAGGUGACUGUAGGGACAGUAUUUGUUUCUGACUGAAGAUGUGGAUGUUCAGUAAUGUUCGCUGUUUAAUUAUUUACAUGCCUUUUGUUUGAUUUUACAGAUGUACGGGAACGUGGAAGCAGACUGGCAGGUGGCGAGAGGCAGACCAUCGCCAUUGUCAGAGCUCUGGUUCGAGACCCUCAGGUCAUCAUACUGGACGAGGCCACCAGCAAGCUGGACGUUAACAUGCAGCA